UAUGUUGUAUUGUUCAAACAAGUUUUAGAAAGUCUAUUAUCAACCAUAGAAUUUUAUUUAAAAUAUGACAUGAAACCACAUCUAAAAUAGUGUGGAAAAAGGAAAAUUUUGGCAUUGGAUCACAAAAAGAGAAUUCUUGGACAAUUUAUUUUUUUUAGAAAAAAAAAAAAUUGGACAAGUUAAUUUGUUUAAAGAAAAGAGCGUAUCCUUUGUCCUGGUUAAUGACAAAUCAUGCUCUUUAAUUUACUGACGUUACAAAUGAGAUUCACGUUAUAAAAGUAUGAAAGUUGGCCUAAUUCCCAAAGAUUUGAAAUUCACUCUCACGUACACUAAACGAAUAACAUCAUAACUUUUUUACUGUUUUUUUUAAUUUUAUUUUUAUUUUUACAAAAUCAUAAUCCGAAAAUCACUCUUAGCAAUGACACAAAUCCGACAAGAAUUAAGGCCAUAUAUCUACUUUUAUAUAUCUUUGCCAACCUCUCUCUCUUUACACCACCACACAACACAACACAUAUACCAAAGCUUCAAACCAUUUUCUCAAGAACCAAACAGAUCAAAAUAAUUCCUCACUUGGGCUCCCACUAUUUUGUCUUUGCAUUAAUAUAUAAUUGUACUUUCCAUCUUUGCCAAUAAUCUCUCUAUAUUCAUUCUUCUCUCUACCCUGAAACCAAAGUAUCAUAGCAUUUUUCUCAAGAAACCAACAUGAGAUUAUUAUUUGCUUUUAUUACUCUCCUCCACCUAAUAUAAUUAAUUGACUCAAUUGUCUCUUCUCUUAUUAAUUUUGAUUCAUUCAUAGGCUUAAGCUUCUCACACCAUGCAUUUCUUGUCAACUUUUGUCACCCAAAAAAUCUAAAACUAUUCUAUUCUGCCAAAGUUGAAGCUUUGUCUGUGAUUAAAAAAAAUGGGGUCUGCAACCUCAUCAAUGGCGGCCAAGUUUGCUUUUUUCCCACCAGACCCUCCUUCAUACAACAUAUACUUGGAUGAAUCAACUGGAAAAAUGAAGAUGUCAGAUGUUCAUCAGAGAGAUGAGGUGGACGUUAUGAAGCUAAACACCAAGAAAGGGAAUGAGAUAGUGGCUAUGUAUGUGAAAAACCCCUCUGCUUCACUCACUUUGCUUUACUCUCAUGGCAACGCUGCUGAUCUUGGUCAGAUGUAUCACAUUUUCACCGAGCUUAGUCUUCAUCUGGGUGUUAAUCUUAUGGGGUACGAUUACUCUGGCUAUGGGCAAUCUACUGGAAAGGCAAGUGAACAGGACACAUAUGCAGACAUAGAGGCUGCAUAUAAAUGUCUGGAAGAAAAGUAUGGAGUAAAAGAGGAAGACACAAUUUUGUACGGACAGUCAGUUGGGAGUGGACCUGCUUUGGAAUUGGCUGUUAAAUUGCCUCGUUUGAGAGCUGUAAUUCUGCAUAGUCCAAUCCUUUCAGGCCUUCGAGUUAUGUAUCCAGUCAAAAGAACGUUCUGGUUCGACAUUUAUAAGAAUAUUGACAAAAUCCCAUUCGUCAAAUGCCCAGUUUUGGUAAUUCAUGGAACAGAAGAUGAAAUAGUGGAUUUUUCCCAUGGGAAACAGCUUUGGGAGCUAUGUCAAGAGAAGUAUGAACCACUGUGGCUUAAAGGAGGAAAUCACUGCAACUUAGAACUCUAUCCAGAUUACUUAAGACAUCUCAGAAAGUUCAUAUCAGCUGUUGAGAAACUUCCACGCAUUGCUGUUUCAACUGAGCAGGCUACCACUACCACUACCACUACCACCACAGAUAAACCAGACAGUCCUCAGAAGAACACAACAGGCAUCAUCAACACAGAGAAUGGGGCAAGGUCUAGCACUGAUCAAAAAGAGAAUAAGUCCAGAAGUAGUACUGGGCAAAGAGAAAAAUCUAGGCUUAGCACAGACAGCAGAGAAAAAUCAAGAACCAGCACUGACAAGAGAGACAAGUCAAGGAAGAGCAUAGAUCGAUCAGGAAAGGCAAGGAUCAGCAUAGAUCAUUCAGAAAGAGCAAGAAAUAGCUUUGACCGCUUAGGAGACAUGGUGAGAUCGGUUGGGUUGUGUAAUGUUGACUGUUUGAAGCAGGCUGCAGCUUCUGAGGCUUGAAAUUUGGGGUUGUAAAGUACUUGUGGGGUUCUACGUUUGAUUGAUUUUUCAAUUUGGAUUUUUGGUUGAUAUACAUAUGUGAAUGGCCUUAUGUAGUUCACCAACUGCUGGGAGGGUCUUCCUUCCUUCCUUUCAUUUUUUUUCUUUACGGCUGCCUUAUGUGAAAUUAUGAUAUAGCAGAAGUAAUAAGUAUGAUAAUCUGUGAAUCUUUGGUUCAUUAGUUAUUUUUCAUCUUCUUUUUGUAUAAACUA